GAGUCUCAAUAGUCAUUCAUUAUUCAUUCCAUUCAUUCAAUGUUGUUUGUUAUAUUUAUUGAUCUAGCGAAAGUUGUUUUUUUUUCGUAAACGUGAAAAUAAAGUGUUGUUUUGUGUGUUUUCUCUGAAAUCGGAAAGAAAAUGGGCAACAUACACACCGUGGGUCCGAAUGAGGCGCUCAUAGUUUCAGGAGGAUGCUUCGGUUCUAUGACAAAGCGCACCAUCGUCGGCGGGUGGGCGUGGGCCUGGUGGCUCGUCACCGAUGUCCAAAGGAUCUCACUUGAGGUGAUGACCCUCAACCCGAUGUGCGAGUACGUGGAAACAGCACAGGGCGUCCCACUCACCGUCACCGGUGUGGCCCAAUGCAAGAUAAUGAAUGAAGACGAACUUCUCACAACUGCCUGCGAGCAGUUCCUGGGCAAGUCUGUCAAAGAAAUCAAAAUGACCAUCCUGCAGACCUUGGAAGGACACCUGAGAGCUAUUCUCGGAACUCUUACAGUAGAAGAGGUGUACAAGGACAGAGAUCAGUUCGCGGGCCUUGUGCGGGAAGUUGCGGCACCGGACGUCGGUCGCAUGGGCAUCGAGAUUCUGUCGUUCACCAUCAAGGACGUGUAUGAUGAUGUUCAGUACCUGGCCAGCUUGGGCAAGGCGCAGACGGCGGUCGUCAAGAGGGACGCCGAUGUUGGUGUCGCUCAGGCGAACAGGGAUGCUGGGAUCAGGGAGGCGGAGUGCGAGAAGAGCGCGAUGGACGUGAAGUACUCCAUGGACACGCGGAUCGAGGACAACACGCGCAUGUUCAAGCUGCAGAAGGCGCAGUUCGACCAGGAGGUUAACACUGCGAAAGCGGAGGCGGCACUGGCGUACGAGCUGCAAGCGGCUAAAAUCAAACAGAAAAUACGUAACGAAGAGAUACAGAUCGAAGUGGUGGAGAGACGCAAGCAGAUUGAGGUGGAACAACAAGAGAUCUUGCGUCGUGAGGAGGAGCUGAAGGCGCUAGUGAGACUGCCCGCGGAGGCCGAGGCGUACCGUCUGCAGGCCAUUGCUGAAGGAAAACGAACUCAAACGGUAGAAGGCGCGAAGGCCGACGCGGAACGCAUCAAGGUGCUCGGUCUGGCCGAGGCGACGGCUAUAGGCGACGUGGGCAAGGCCGACGCCGAGCGCAUGCUGGCCAAGGCGAAGGUCUACAAGCAGUAUGGCGACGCUGCCAUCAUGGCGCUGGUGCUGGAGGCUCUGCCUAAGAUCGCAGCAGAAGUAUCAGCACCCCUCGCUAAGACGGACGAGAUAGUGCUAGUUGGAGACAACGGGGCGACCGGCGAAGUAGCUCGUCUUGCCGGGGGCAUCCCUCCAGCGUUGAAGACCCUCACCGGCCUAGACCUGACGCAGGUGUUGAAGCGGCUCCAUCCCAACGGCACCGGUCAGUAAUGUAGCUAGCCAUGCCGUAGUGUUGAGAUCCCUCAAUGUCAGCGGGCACCAGUAAGAAGAAGACGCCUGAAGUUGCAGCAUGCUAAGAACCAAUCAGAGGGAGCCAUCAGUCGUGCCGCACAUACCAUCGACCAAUGGCAACGCCGCACGGCAGAACAAUGCAAACAGUGCCAUAAGUUACCGCGUCAAACACCACAAUAUCAUGGUACAAUUUAUACCUGUGUAAGCAAUAUUAUUUUUUCAACUGUAUUAUGUAAGCUCGGACUGAGAUAAAAGGAAAUAUACCACACUUUCUACGCUGGAAAAUGUACCUUACGCUAGUUGAAAUAAAGUCUAAAUCCCACCUUCAACUUUUUGGAGAUUGCAAUAUGUAUUUCCUUUAAUCUUAGUGUGAGAACUCAAGUAUCAAGUAUGUUAUAUACCUCUUUCUUCCUCAUAACGUUGGGGUCGUGUCCGAUCAAAUCGAUAUAAGUAUUCGAAUAUUUACGUCAUUUCAUGUACAACAUACAACAUAGUAAGAAACGCACUCCACUUACUUUUAUUUAGUUAUCAUUGAUCUGAUUGUAUGAAUUUCUGAUAGUAAUUUGAAUUUUGUAGUCUUUAAGAUCUUGAUACAUUAAGGCCCUUUUUUAUCGUCAAUAUAAAGAUCUAUUUCUGAAACAAAUGAAUGCCUUCAUGGGUCAACUUGGGCCUAAGAUUUACCCCGAACGGGUCGCGCCGCGUCUAUCUGCGCAAAUGUCGCCGUCGCGUCGGCUCAACCCGUCAUAAUAUUCAUUUAGAAUGAUAUUAUUACACUUUUAACAUCUUAUUUCAUGUUUCAUAUUCGAUUAUUUCGACCAGUUUAGCAAAGGCUACAUAUUAGUUUACUUACGAUUAUUUUUUAACAAAAAAAAUUACCUAAGUAUCUAAAAAAUCGAUUCAGUAGCCGAUUCUAAACUUACAUUUAUUAUGUUACAUGUUGUACAUAAUGUGUAUUGCCUAUCUAGUAUAUAACUUGUAGCACAUAACGUUUAUGUACUAGCGUACCGUGUUAACCGAAGAUGUAUAUUUUUCAAUAGAAAGACUACAGGUAAAUUAUUGUCUUAUAGAAAUUUAGAUUUUGUACAACUGUGUAGGAGUUAAAGUUAAGACAAUGUGUUCUUUUAGGCACUGCCUUUUUCAGUAGUUUACCUUAUUGUGUGAAGUAUCUUAUCGCCGUCAAACAAUCAAUAUCAAAUUAUUAAAAAUGUACAACUUUUGCUUGGAAUAUAUUUCUGAUAUUUAACAGAAAAUACGAUAAUACUUAAAUAGGUGUUUUGAAGCUGUUCCCGCAAUAUAAUUGUGUGAUUUCAAUCAAUUGGUCUUUUUUUAUCAGCUUCUUAUAAUGAAUCUUUUGAAUUUUCUUUGUGUUCGUAUGGAUGUUAGCUUGUCGAUAUCGAUAAAAUCUUACUUUUAAAUAAGAAUUGCGAAUAUUUUGUGUGGCGUGUGUGUGUUGUAUUCACAAUCUAAGCAUUUAUACAUUAAAUUGACAUUUUAUCUUUUUAAUUAUGAUUAUUAUAAAUUAAUUAAUGAAAUAAUAUAAUUUCUUUGGUCUAGUUUUGUUAUUUUCAAUGUUGUUGCUAUUGUUUUAAGUACAAUUUCGUGGAAUUUUAAUUAUUGUAAUUGCACAAGAAAUGUAUCUGAAUUGAAUUCUUUAUGAUAUUGGAUAAGCUAAAUGAUUAUUUUUAAUAAAAAGAUGUGUAAUAA